CAACCGAACCAGGAUAAAAUAACCGAAUUAGUCUAUUCAACGCCAAUAACCGAUUGAUUCGGUUAUUUUCAUUCGGUGAUUCCCACCAUUAUGUGGUUGUAGGCUAGACCACCGGGGUGAAGAAAUCUCUUUAGGCUACCUGUCACUUGACCUGUUGAGCUGCAAUGUCUAUUAGGGCUGAUUUAUAAGGUUGAGAGCAGUAGCAAUGAUGAAUGGGUAGAGAAAGAGGCUGCCCCACCAUUGUCCAAGACACAACCAUCCUUACCACCAAGACUUGACAAUGUCUGUACAAUGGACGAGUGGGCAUCAAACCCUGCAUUACUGGCCUGCACCUCUCGAGAUCAGCUGAGGCAGGCCAGGGAGAAAAAGGACACAAAAGAGGAAUAUGAUAAAUACAUGUUAGAUAAGCUAGGCCGGACUGAUCGUGAGCUCAACCCGUACUGGAAGGAUGGUGGCUCCGGUUUACCAGAGGAGUGUGCUGCUUCAGUAGAAUCUCUGCGACAAGCGCAGGUGACUGUGGGAGACCAAGGCGCUGCUUGGCUGAAGAAGGCGUUACAGCGAGCCAAGGAGCAGGCACAGGACUCAGGCAGACCAUUAGCUGAGGUGGUGGCUGAGCGGUGGGGCUCACUAGAAAAGUUGGAGACCAUGAUAGCUGCUGCUGAGGAACGUGAUAAAAAUAAGACAUCCAGCUCUAAUUAUCGGCCUAGAUACUCUAGUAAUGAUCAAUAUAAAGAUAGGAAACACAAGAGUCAACAAGAUAGAGCACAGAUAAAGAGCUCAAAAAAGAAUUUUUCCAAACCUGGUGACAGCAGUGAAAACAGUAGUGACGAACAGAGAAAUUACGGGUGUAAAAAUAGUUUUGAAAGGGACAAUGACAGAAUAAAGUUAAGUAGAUAUGACAGUAAACAUAAAGAAUCAAAUAAAAAAAGGUCAAAGAAAGUAAGCGAAUCUUCAGAAAGCAGUAAGGAUAGUGUAGAAGAGGAUAGGUAUGAAUCUAAAAAAUAUGGGUAUGACAGAAAAACAAAACAUUCACUCAAAGAAUUUAACAAGCCGCCUAAUAGUAGUGAUGAAGACAGUGAUGGAAGGAGGAAGGAUCAAGAUAGAAAUAGAGAAAAAGACUUCAACCAAAAGUUUAUGAAACCACAUCGAGAUAGUAGUGAAGAAGAUAAUGGUGAAAGAAAGAAAUAUCGGGAUAGAAAUAGAGAAAAAGAUUCCAACAGAAAGUUUGCAAGACCGCGUCAGGAUAGUAGUGAAGAAGAUAGUGAUGGAAGAAGGAAAUAUCAAGAUAGAAAUAGAGCAAAAAAUUCCAACAGGAAGUUUGCAAAGCCACGUCAUGAUAGUAGUGAAGAAGAUAGUGAUGGAAGAAGGAAAGAUCGAGAUAGAAAUAUAGCAAAAGAUUACAAUUGGAAGUUUGCAAGACCACGUCAGGAUAGUAGUGAAGAAGAUAGUGGUGGAAGAAGGAAAGAUCGAGAUAGAAAUGGACCAAAAGAUUCCGACAGGAAGUUUGCAAGACCGCGUCGGGAUGGUAGUGAAGAAGAUAGUGAUGGAAGAAAUAAGAACCGAGAUAGAAAUAAAGCUAAAGACUCCAACAGGAAAUUUGCAAGACCACGUCAUGAUAGUAGUGAAGAAGAUGAUUUUAAAUCAAAGUACAAUCAUAAAUCAAGAGAUUACAAAUCAAUGUCUUCUUCUGGCAAAGGAUGGAGGAAGCAAGUGGAAUCACAGAAAAAGUAUCAAGAAGUUGAUAAAAAAAUUGGUAUAGAAAGAGAUAAGAAAUGUGAUGAGGCAACUAAAGAAAUUAAUGAAGACGUUACAGGUGAUGUUGAAGAUAACAAACAUUCAUUGGUAACUGAUGCAGAACCAGUUUUAACUGAUAAAGAACUUAAUGAACUUGCUGCUAAACUAGUUAAAGCAGAACUAUUAGGAAACCAAAGUCUAGCAGAAGAGCUGAAAGCCAAACUAUCCAAAGCAAGAGAAGCUAAGGCCAACGCACCCAAAGAUUCAGGUGCGUCCAAGGAGGUUGUGAUCUUGACACACACAGAUUCCAAGGGCUUUACUCGACCUGUGAGUCUGUCCGAGCCCUCAGAGUCUUCAGGCGGACGACGGAGAGGCAAGAAAGUGGAGACCCACACUGGAGGCAAGAGGAUGAGAUAUUUUGCUGAUGAUGAUAAAUACAGUCUACAAGAAAUGUUCCAGAGAGAAAAACUUAACACAGUUGAAGACUCCAAUGAAGUGUUCGCUAAACUAGCAUCCAAGGGAAUUGGACGUGACGACUCGGCUAGAGACAUGGAAGAUGUAUUUGAGGAGACAGCCAGAGUUGAAGAAGGAGAGGCCCAACAGAAGUCGAGGGAGAGAAACAAGGCAAUAGAACAGAGCAGGCGCACAGCCAAGACACUGGAGAACUGUCAAUGGUGUCUGGACAGUCGGCAAAUGCUGAAGCACCUCAUAGUGGCCAUUGGUUCAACGUGCUACUUGUGUGUGCCUCCAUACCAGAGUUUGACAGAUAAUCACUGUUUAAUAGUUCCCCGCACACACACUCCUUGUGCCACUCAGCUAGAUGAAGACGUGUGGACGGAAAUUCAGGACUUUCGCAAGGCACUGGUUCAGAUGUUCCUCACACUGGAUGAAGAUGUUGUUUUCUUCGAGAGUGCUCGUCGACUUAACCAGUUUCCUCACAUGGUCCUCAACUGCGUUCCUGUUCCAAAAGAGACAGGAGACAUGGCACCUAUAUAUUUUAAGAAAGCCAUCCAAGAGUGUGAGCAGGAAUGGUCCAACAACAAGAAGCUGGUAGAUCUGAAGGGCAGAGAUGUACGCAGAGCUGUUCCUAAAGGCCUACCUUACUUUGCUGUAGACUUUGGACUAGACAGUGGAUACGCCCAUGUUAUUGAAGAUGAACAGCUCUUUCCUCUCAACUUUGCUCAGGAAAUCAUUGGUGGAAUGCUAGACCUUGAUCAUUCAAAGUGGAGAAAACAAAGACGGCAAACCUUCGAGGAACAGAGUAAGAAAGUAAUUCAGCUCAGUAAGCUUUGGAGCCCUUUCGACAUUACAAAGAAAAAGUGAAUUGGAAGUGAAGACUACUUGGUACGAUAAUGGUUUUCUUUACUUAAUAGUAUCAUUGUGAUGGUAUUGAAAAUUCCAAUUGAUUCCUUGCCAUCCAAAUAAUGCAAUUGUUUGAAUGAUCUGUUGAUCCGUGUUAUAUUUUAGCUUGAUUUUUCUCGUGACCAAUUCUUACAGACAACAGGUCAAGAGUCCUCAUUUGCUGGAUUCAAACCAAUAUUACUCAAGUUAAAAAUGGAUGUAAUAUGGUAUAAAAACAUUUGUUUACAACCAGGGUUAAUAAUACAUUGUAUCAAAAGGAGAAAACAUGUUUUGGAUGUGUUGCUGUUGCUAGUGUUGUGGUUAGUGUGAGAUUUAGUGCAAGAGAUACAAGUUCAAUUAGCUUCUUUUCCAAACAGAGUUAAAGGGGUUUAGACCACUUUCCCUUAAAAAGUAACUAUCUUUGUGAUUAACAAGAUAGUUAAUCACAAAGAUAAGGCUUUCAUUCAAUAAGCCGGUGAUGUAGACUUUUAACAAAAAAAAUUACUAGGCCUGUUUUAUCCUUAUUCUGUUUCGAUUUGUGUUUAUUUUCUGUAUAUAUGUCUUUAUAUGAAAUGUAUUAAAUGUUUACUUUUUACAA